GCCGGACGAGGUUGAUAGGCCCUGAUGGGGAGGAUCUUGCACUGCGGGGCUGAUGUGUGAGGUUCUCUGCAGGGGGGAGCGUAGGCGCUUUGGUCGGUUUGGGUCUCUAGUGUCUUCUGCCAGUCACCUGCUUCCCACUUAUAGCAAGUUGUGAUCCGUGCUCAAGACAUUAUUCUGGUGACAUCAAGAUUCACAACACGCUCGAUCAAAACCCUCGUCGUGUUCGCAUCUUCCUAUGAACAAUUGCCAACGGGGAAGCCACAUUGUGCCCAUCACCUUGUGAACCAAAAGACAAGGUAGGAUUGCAUUGCGUUCUGUACCAAUCACAAUGCCUUCAGAGCAGCCACCCACCGUUAUGUCCACCGACCAAACGUCGGAAGAGCAGAGUAACAUCGACAUUUGCAAGCAAUACAUGUCCAUCGCUUACUCUCCGACGGACAACAAUGGCGCCUCGUCCGUGCAACACCUAUGUCAUCAGGACGCCUGGUUCUGGGCUCCCAGCACCUUCCCUAACUGCGAAACACCCAUGGACUACGCCGAAUCUCACGCUCACGUCAUGGCCUCCGUCAAUGACCUCCACAUUAUACGCUACGAUCAAGUCUUCGCCAAGAACGGACACGUCUUACUACGAUAUACGGCUGAAGGCAAUUUCAAAGGCAAACCGUAUAUGGGCAUUGAGCCGAAUGGAAACCAUGCCCGGUGGAGCGCGGCCGCAAUCUUUGAAGUGGAGGAUGGCAGGAUUAGGAGCUUUACGAAGGAUUGGGAUCAAAAGUUGAUGCAAAUCCAGCUGGGAUGGGCGCCGGUGAAUGAGAGCGACAAUCCAAGGUGGAAUCUGCAGACGUUGAGGAACCCGGAGGAGGCGAGGAAGAAGAAGGGUUGAGUUGGAAUCACAGCUGGAUGGUCUACUCAUCCGCGUGGUACAGUGCCAUGGUCUCCGUAGCAGCCGAGACCACACCGAUGCUUGUGGGAAGGUUCACAAAGUCCGGUAACGCUAAGCACUACAAAUCCCUAAGCACUACAAAUCCCCAGCUACAGUGAACUGUAACACAACGCCGCCGCCUUCACAG